AUGGCUUCUAACGCAGUCUCGAUGAGGCAUGUAGACAUGUCAGAGGAAAUGAAGCAAUACGCCGUGGACGUCACUUCUCGGGCACUGGAUGAGUUCGUCUCGGAGAAAGACAUCGCUAUGUACAUCAAGAGGGAGUUUGACAACAGGUACGGCCCUGCCUGGCAUUGCAUAGUUGGGAGAAACUUUGGCAGUUUUGUUACUCAUGAACCUGAACAUUUCAUAUACUUUUAUCUGGGUUAUAUGGCCAUUCUCCUGUUCAAAUCUGGAUAG